AACUCUGUCAGAGCUGGAAACAGAGAGAGCUGAAGCUCGGCGGCCAACAAUGGCGCCUGCUCCACCCAGAAGGAGAAAAGCUGCUGAACCACUGUCUGGCAGUGGGGUUAAUGUUGCUGCACCAGUUGAGAAGAAGAGCAGAGUUGGAGCAACCUCAGUAACAACAUUGUGUCUGCAGGUUCAAGAGGCUCAAACUAUAAGUUCUGGAGUCAAUUUGAGGGUUCAACAGGCCAAAAAUGCUGCAGUGGCACAAGCACAACAAGAUGGUGCCACUGGAAACUUUAGGAUCUUUGAUUCACCCUUUGGGAAUUAUCUUGUUCCAGUUGUUCCAACUUCCAAGGAACUGUCUGACUAGUUUCAUAUCAAAUCAUAUGUCUUGAGUUCUAACUCAUUAUGUAUACAACAUGUGAUUGCUGUACAUGCAGAAGUUUUGUUUGGAGAUGUACGAAACAUGCUUUUUGCAAGUAUUCAUUACCAAUUUUGCUUCUUGUGCUGCUGUCUCUGUGUGCUGCCUUGUUUUUCUGCUCCUUCUGUUGUGCAUUGUUUUGUUGUUGUUGUUGUUGUUCCUGUGGAUAAGGGCGGUGGCGUCUGGCUUUUUCUAUUGUUGCUUGUUUCUGUCAACAAUGUAUUUCAGACUUGCAAAAGAAGGAUAAAGCUUUUAUUGACUUACUCAA